UUUGCUCACAACAAAGUUAUCACAUUUCUUUCUACUACCUCCCCAACCCCAUCACCUUAAUGACCUCCUAACUUCACCACGCUUCUCCAUCUCUUUCAAAUGGCCCCCAACCCCCUCCAAUCCCUCCACUACCACCACCACCACCACCAUUCUCUCCUCAGGCUCCAACACUCUGACUCCCAACCCACCUCCUCUCUUUUCCUCAAACCCCGCACGUCCAUCUCUACCGCCACAAAUACUUCUCUCUCCCUCUCCAUAUCUUCUUCCUCCUCCACCACUACCACUUUCUCUAUCUCCCCCACCACUUCCAUUACUCCUUCAGCUUCCCAAACUUUUUCCCUUGACCUCCUCCGCCAGCACCUCUCCACCCAAAACCUCCGCCAAGCAGAUGAAGAAACUCGCCGCCUCCUCAUAGUCUUGGCAGGUGAAGCUACACAGAAGCGUGGGUAUGUCUUCUUCUCUGAGGUUCAGUUCAUAUCAGAGAAAGACCUUAAAGCGAUUGAUGAACUAUGGAAACAAUACAGCAACAACAAGUUUGGAUACAGUAUUCAAAAGAGAAUAUGGCAGAAAAACGCUGGCAAAGACUUCACCAAGUUUUUCCUCAAGGUUGGGUGGAUGAAAAAGCUUGAUACGGAGGUUGUGCAAUACAACUACAGAUCUUUCCCUAAUGAAUUCAUCUGGGAGCUCAAUGAUGACACUCCUGAAGGACACUUGCCUUUGACAAAUGCCCUUAGAGGGACACAGCUCCUCAAUAGCAUUCUUAACCAUCCUGCCUUUGAAGAUAUCAAAGAAGAAGAUGAAGUUGAUGGAGAAAAUAAACAUGGAAAACCUGAUAAUGGGUUGAGGGAGGAGGAGAACUCAUCAAAGCCAUUGAGCAAGAGAUUGUUUAAACCAAAUUAUAGCUUUUGAUUGAGUCAUUUGAUAAUUCAAGCAGAUACCCAUUACAGUGAAAAAAGAAAAUGGAAUCAUGUUUUUUAAUAUAUGCAAUGCAAACUACGUUUUCUGUAAUUUUUAUCUGAUAAAUGUUCCUUGCCAUCCCUUUUUUUUUUUUCGGUCAAUGGCCUUUGUUUGGAGGGCUUCGUAUAGAAAGCAAAUUAAUACUUUCUUAAUUAACUUGAGCGCAUGCUUCAUUACUUUUAUGGGGAACCAGGACAAAUCAAAGCCUGCCCUUUUGUA